CCGAAUCGGUGUUUAAUAGACAUAUUCAUCCCUAAAGAAUAGUCUCAGGCUGAAUGCGUGAUCUGCACCCUUCAAAAUCUAAGGAAAAUGUCCUUUCGAAAAUAUCGCCUAAAAAUUACGAAAAUGACCUCAGGAAAAAUUCGACCAAAUUUCUGUCCAAAUCGGUUAUUACUAGAUUUCGUCGUUGGUGGAGAGUUACCUAAGGCCGAAUCUGUGAUCCAUCGCCUUCAAAAUCCAAGGAAAAUGGCAUUUCCAAUAAAUCGCCCGAAAUCGGUGAUGGUACCCCCUUUGGAAUUUGACAAAAUUUGCCCCGGAUAUUUUUCGCCCGAAUCGGUGUUUAAUAGACUUAUUCGUCCCUAAAGAAUAGUGUCAGGCUGAAUCUGUGAUCUAUACCUUUCAAAAUCUAAGGAAAAUGGCAUUUCGAAAAUAUCGCAUAAAAAAUACGUAAAUGCCCUCCGGAAAAAUUCAACCAAAUUUCUGUCCAAAUCGGCCAUUACUAGACUUCAUCGUUGGUGGAGAGUUCCCUAAGGCCGAAUCUGUGAUCCAUCGCCUUCAAAAUCCAAGGAAAAUGGCAUUUCCAAUAAAUCGCCCGAAAUCGGUGAUGGUACCCCCUUUGGAAUCUGGCGAAAUUUGCCCCGCAUAUUUUUCCCCCCGAAUUAGUGUUUAAUAGACCUAUUCGUCCCUAAAGAAUAGUCUCAGGCUAAAUCCGUGAUCUGCACCAUUCAAAAUCUAAGGAGAAUGGCCUUUCGAAAAUAUCGCCUAAAAAUUAAGAAAAUGCCAUCCGGAAAAAUUCGACCAAAUUUCUGUCCAAAUCGGGCAUUACUAGACUUCAUCGUUGGUAGAGAAUUCCCUAAGGCCGAAUCUGUGAUCCAUCGCCUUCAAAAUCCAAGGAAAAAUGGCAUAUCAAUAAAUCGCCCGAAAUCGUUGAUGUUACGCCUUUGGAAUCUGGCCAAAUUUGACCCGGAUAUUUUUCGCCCGAAUCGGUGUUUAAUAGACAUAUUCAUCCCUAAAGAAUAGUCUCAGGCUGAAUCCGUGAUCUGCACCCUUCAAAAUCUAAGGAAAAUGUCCUUUCGAAAAUAUCGCCUAAAAAUUACGAAAAUGACCUCAGGAAAAAUUCGACCAAAUUUCUGUCCAAAUCGGCUAUUACUAGAUUUCGUCGUUGGUGGAGAGUUCCCUAAGGCCGAAUCUGUGAUCCAUCGCCUUCAAAAUCCAAGGAAAAUGGCAUUUCCAAUAAAUCGCACGAAAUUGGUGAUGGUACCCCUUUGGAAUCUGGCAAAAUUUGCCCCGGAUAUUUUUCGCCCGAAUCGGUGUUUAAUAGACUUAUUCGUCCCUAUAGAAUAGUGUCAGGCUGAAUCUGUGAUCUACACCUUUCAAAAUCUAACGAAAAUGGCCUUUCAAAAAUAUCGCCUAAAAAUUACGAAAAUGCCCUCGAGAAAAAUUCGAUACCAAAUUUCUAUCCAAAUCGGCCAUUACUAGACUUCAUCGUUGGUGGAGAGUUCCCUAAGGCCGAAUCUGUUAUCCAUCGCCUUCAAAAUCCAAGGAAAAUGGCAUUUCCAAUAAAUCGCCCGAAAUCGGAGAUGGUACCCCUUUGGAAUCUGGCAAAAUUUGACCCGGAUAUUUUUCGCCCGAAUCGGUGUUUAAUAGACUAAUUCAUCCCUACAGAAUAGUCUCACGCUGAAUCCAUGAUUUGCACCCUUCAAAAUCUAAGAAAAAUGGCCUUUCGAAAAUAUCGCCUAAAUAUUACGAAAAUGAACUCACGAAAAAUUCGACCAAAUUUCUGUCCAAAUCGGCUAUUACUAGAUUUCGUCGUUGGUGGAGAGUUCCCUAAGGCCGAAUCUGUGAUCCAUCGCCUUCAAAAUCCAAGGAAAAUGGCAUUUCCAAUAAAUCGCCCGAAAUCGGUGAUGGUACCCCUUUGGAAUCUGGCAAAAUUUGCCCCGGAUAUUUUUCGCCCGAAUCGGUGUUUAAUAGACUUAUUCGUCCCUAAAGAAUAGUGUCAGGCUGAAUCUGUGAUCUGCACCCUUCAAAAUCUAAGGAAAAUGGCCUUUCAAAAAUAUCGCCUAAAAAUUACGAAAAUGACCUCAGGAAAAAUUCGACCAAAUUUCAGUCCAAAUCGGCCAUUACUAGACUUCAUCAUUGGUGGAGAGUUCCCUAAGGCCGAAUCUGUGAUCCAUCGCCUUCAAAAUCCAAGGAAAAUGGCAUUUCCAAUAAAAAUCGGUGAUGUUGGAAUCUGGCAAAAUUUGCCCCGGAUAUUUUUCGCCCGAAUCGGUGUUUAAUAGACUUACUCCUCCCUAAAGAAUAGUCUCAGGCUGAAUCCGUGAUCUGCACCCUUCAAAAUCUAAGGAAAAUGUCCUUUCGAAAAUAUCGCUUAAAAAUUACGAAAAUGACCUCAGGAAAAAUUCGACCAAAUUUCUGUCCAAAUCGGCUAUUACUAGAUUUCGUCGUUGGUGGAGAGUUCCCUAAGGCCGAAUCUGUGAUCCAUCGCCUUCAAAAUCCAAGGAAAAUGGCAUUUCCAAUAAAUCGCACGAAAUUGGUGAUGGUACCCCUUUGGAAUCUGGCAAAAUUUGCCCCGGAUAUUUUUCGCCCGAAUCGGUGUUUAAUAGACUUAUUCGUCCCUAAAGAAUAGUGUCAGGCUGAAUCUGUGAUCUACACCUUUCAAAAUCUAAGGAAAAUGGCCUUUCAAAAAUAUCGCCUAAAAUUUACGAAAAUGCCCUCGAGAAAAAUUCGAUACCAAAUUUCUAUCCAAAUCGGCCAUUACUAGACUUCAUCGUUGGUGGAGAGUUCCCUAAGGCCGAAUCUGUUAUCCAUCGCAUUCAAAAUCAAAGGAAAAUGGCAUUUCCAAUAAAUCGCCCGAAAUCGGAGAUGGUACCCCUUUGGAAUCUGGCAAAAUUUGACCCGGAUAUUUUUCGCCCGAAUCGGUGUUUAAUAGACUAAUUCAUCCCUAAAGAAUAGUCUCACGCUGAAUCCAUGAUCUGCACCCUUCAAAAUCUAAGAAAAAUGGCCUUUCGAAAAUAUCGCCUAAAAAUUACGAAAAUGAACUCAGGAAAAAUUCGACCAAAUUUCUGUCCAAAUCGGCUAUUACUAGAUUUCGUCGUUGGUGGAGAGUUCCCUAAGGCCGAAUCUGUGAUCCAUCGCCUUCAAAAUCCAAGGAAAAUGGCAUUUCCAAUAAAUCGCCCGAAAUCGGUGAUGGUACCCCUUUGGAAUCUGGCAAAAUUUGCCCCGGAUAUUUUUCGCCCGAAUCGGUGUUUAAUAGACUUAUUCGUCCCUAAAGAAUAGUGUCAGGCUGAAUCUGUAAUCUGCACCCUUCAAAAUCUAAGGAAAAUGGCCUUUCAAAAAUAUCGCCUAAAAAUUACGAAAAUGACCUCAGGAAAAAUUCGACCAAAUUUCUGUCCAAAUCGGUUAUUACUAGAUUUCGUCGUUGGUGGAGAGUUCCCUAAGGCCGAAUCUGUGAUCCAUCGCCUUCAAAAUCCAAGGAAAAUGGCAUUUCCAAUAAAUCGCCCGAAAUCGGUGAUGGUACCCCUUUGGAAUUUGACAAAAUUUGCCCCGGAUAUUUUUCGCCCGAAUCGGUGUUUAAUAGACUUAUUCGUCCCUAAAGAAUAGUGUCAGGCUGAAUCUGUGAUCUAUACCUUUCAAAAUCUAAGGAAAAUGGCAUUUCGAAAAUAUCGCAUAAAAAAUACGUAAAUGC